AUGCACUGUGGGCAAUUGACGAGCAACAUGUUGUACACGGCGCGCCAGUUGAUUUGUACAUUUCCAGAUCACUCAAAAUACACCCCUUUUACGACUUCAGGGAUAAUUUGUGACGGAAGUGAAAAGACCUCUUUUUCUGUGUCCACCCUUUCUUCCUCUUCUCCUAAAAAGAACAAAAAGACACCCUUUUUUCUUCAUUUUAAUAUGUACUCUUUGCGGCGUCGAGUUUGGGAUUUGAGAAAAAGAGAGGCUACUUAUCAAAUAGUUAGCUGCUGUUUCUUUUUUUCUUCUUCUUCACCGCUGAGUUACUGCAUCGCUCCAAUUUUUGCCCCUAUGGCAGCCCAGAGAAAGCGCCUCCAGACACACAGCUGCGACUGGGGACAUUAA